UGGGCCGGUUCCGUCGUCGCCAUGGCGCCCGGCAAACAUUCCUGAGUUGCGGCCCUGACGGUGAGGCGAGCUGUUAAGGUCGGAGGACCCGGAGCGCCUAGGGACGAGGUUCUGCACACUUCUUCGGCCCGUCGCCACCAUGCACGGCUCUCCGCCUAACAGCCGCAAGCAGCUAAACUUGGUGGUGAAUAGUGGCAUGCAACAAAGGAAGUCAAUUAGCUUUAUUGGCCCUGUAAAAACAAAUGCACUGAAAGGACAUGGUAGUGCAAAUCAGAGCAGAAUAGGCAUCUCCAAAACUAUAAUUACUUUGCCUGAAAUGAAGACGGUAGAAAAAAUGAAUAUUCCCAGCAACAAGACAAUACAGGUACUGGAUAUGAAUGGAGUUGAUGUUACCCCCCGGCCUCUUUAUCAUCCAGAUCCACUUUCGGGUACCGCCAAGCCAAAUAAACUAUUGACAUCACAAGAAGGAUCACUUGGAUCAGACUUUAUUUCCUCUUAUAGCCUGUAUCAGAACACAGUAAAUCCUAGUAUGUUAGGACAGUUUACAAGGUCAGUUUUAGGAAGCAGUUCAGUUUCUAAGUCAAGCGUAUCAACAACUGAAUCAAUAACAGAGGACCUAGAAGAACCAUCUUAUAAAAGAGAAAGGCUGGCUAGUUUUACAGACUUACGUGUUAUGAAGGCAACACCUGAAAUAAUCAUAACAAAAGAAGACCUGGAAAAGAAUAUAGAGAUAAUUCUUACAGAGACGGAAACAUUGAGAUUUUUUGACCUGCCAACAGUCAUGAUCUCUGUUGAAUCUGAAGAAGCUGAGAAAAUAACCCAAAGAAAUCAGAACUAUGAAAUCCUUUGUAGAAAUAGAUUAGGCAAUGACUUGUAUGUUGAAAGAAUGAUGCAGACGUUUAAUGGAGCACCAAAGAAUAAAGAGGUUCAGUGUGAUAAAAUCAUAAUGGAAGAAAAAGGCAUAAUGGCCACUACCUGGGAUUUGUAUGAUUCUUGUAGUGCUCCAGAAAUUUCACCUUUAUCAGCAAAACGAUCUGCAAUUGAAUCAUGUAGUAAGGCAAAUAUACUUCCUAAAGAUCGGGACCAAAAAUUGCAAGCGAGUAACAUGGAGAGAAAUAGUGAAACUAGUUCUUUAAUGGAUAUAGAAAAUGUAAUUCUGGCCAAAGUUCAUGAAGAUGAAGAAGACCACUCAGGUGCAAUACUAAAAUCUGACAAGCUUCAUCAGGACUUGUUUUUCAUGGAGCGUGUUCUAAUGGAAAAUGUUUUUCAACCAAAGCUUGCAGCUUAUCGUCAGCUCCCUAUUUUAAAAGAACCUGAACCUGGGGUGUCUGAAGACAUUUUGGAAUGUGAAAAACUUGAUGAGGUAGAGGAAGAAAUUAAGAAAGAGGAUGAAGAAGAAAUAGAAAUAAGUACAGAACAAUCAACAAUACCAGCCAAUUUGGAAAGACUUUGGUCUUUUUCCUGUGACUUAACCAAAGGCCUUAAUGUGAGCAGCCUUUCCUGGAAUAAAGCAAACCCAGACCUUUUGGCUGUUGGCUAUGGACAAUUUGGAUUUAAAGAGCAAAAAAGAGGUUUGGCUUGCUGCUGGUCAAUAAAGAAUCCUAUGUGGCCAGAACGUAUUUAUCAGAGUGCAUAUGGAGUUACUUCUGUGGACUUUUCAAUUGGAUCCCCUAACCUGCUAGCAGUCGGCUAUCACAAUGGCACAGUUGCAGUUUACAAUGUACAGAGCAACAGUAAUCAUCCAGUUCUGGACAGUAGUGAAUCACCUCAAAAACAUUUGGGACCAGUCUGGCAGGUGCAAUGGAUAGAACAAGAUCGUGGAACCACAGGAGAUGACAAGAGAGAGAUCUUAGUGUCUAUAUCUGCAGAUGGGAGAGUUUCCAAAUGGGUGAUACGAAAAGGACUGGACUGUCAUGAUCUCAUACGAUUGAGGCGAACUACUGCUGGCAGUAGCAAAAAGGGAGGGGAAAAGGACAAGAAAGGUGAAGCUUUGAUAUCACGACAGGCUCCUGGAUUGUGUUUUUCUUUUCAUCCCAAGGACACAAAUAUCUAUUUGGCUGGUACUGAAGAAGGUCAUAUUCAUAAGUGUUCUUGUUCAUAUAAUGAACAAUACCUAGAGACCUAUAGAGGACAUAAGGGUCCAGUGUAUAAAGUUGCAUGGAACCCAUUUUGUCAUGAUGUAUUCCUAAGCUGUUCUGCAGAUUGGGGUGUUAUGAUAUGGCAUCAAGAGACUCUCAAGCCAUUUUUAAGUUUUUAUCCAACUACUUAUGUUGUUUAUGAUGUUGCUUGGUCUCCAAAAUCAUCCUAUAUAUUCGCAGCUGCAAAUGAAAGUAGAGUAGAGAUUUGGGACCUUCAUAUUAGCACUUUAGACCCUCUGAUUGUGAAUAUUGCUAACCCUGGGAUCAAGUUUACAACUGUUCUCUUUGCCAAGCAGACAGAUUGCCUUCUAGUUGGAGACAGUGAUGGACAGGUUGCUGUAUAUGAACUGAGAAAUAUGCCUACUGCUUUAGAUUCUAGCCGGGGAGAUGUAAUAAGCACUUUGCUUGGGCCAAAGUCAAAUCAACCAGGAUAACUUAUCAUUUCCAAUUUGUCCUUUUGCCUUUUAAGGAAAAGUAACACUGUUUAAUAUGUAAUAGCUUUAUUGUAUGCUAUAAACUGAAAUUUUGAUUUUAGAAAAUAAUACUUGAUA